UUACAUUAAAUGUUAAUGCUAUACAGCCCAUAGUUAAAAUUUGAUUAACUGGUUUCAUUGCAAAAUGAAGCCAUUAACUAUAUAUUUAAUUGCUUAUGUUCUGUUUGGUUUGCUGAUAAUAUCGCAGAGCGCGAAACAUGAAACAGGUACAAGGUCUUCAGGACAUUCGUCACCGCCGGUUUCCUGGAACAAUGGCGCAUACAUGCACCUGCUCGCCCUGCAGAAACGGCAAAUCCUGGCAAAGAUCGCGCGCGUCAGACGCAUGGCCCUCUGGUCUCCCAACAUCUUCGGCCUGAAGCUGUCGUCGCUGAGGAAGCUGAACAAGGCGUACCAUAUGUUCGAGGCCUUCCGGGACACGAUGGACGAGUUCCCGAGGAGGAUCCAGAGCAAGCUGAACAAGCUGAUGGCGUCCAUGUACUACAGCUUCGUCGUGAACGAGACGGACAAUGUGAACCUGCCGUGCGAGAACCACGUCACCGACCUCAUCAGGAAGGAUUACUCUAAGUCCAUCUUCAGAUGGCGCCACAACGAAAAGCCCAUCGAGCUCGACCCGUCGCGGAUGGUCCUGUACAAGGGAACUUUGGUCAUACGGAACCUGCAGCUGUACGACACCGGCGUGUACACGUGCCAGAUGGAGUACAAGCCCGGCAGCCGCAAGACAGUCGGCAUCUACUCGGUGCUGGUCAGGACGGACGAGAUCAACAUGUGGGUCAAGGAGACGCUCGAUAUGACCUUGACCUGCAACAGCCACUUCCUCGGCCAGUUCUACCCGAACGCCAGCAGGGAGUGGUUCUACAACAACGUCCUGUUCGACGCCCGCGCCAACAAGACCAACGCCUCCUCGCCCGCACCCGACGUCUUCCACGAGGUCGGCAUCUCCUUCAACGGCACGUGGGUGUGCCGCGUCAUGAACGAGGACCCGCAGCGGACGUGGUACCCAGCCGUAUACAACGUCAUGAUUCUGCCGCCCCCGGCCUUCUACGAGCUGAUCGUCAUGUACGUCCUCAAGAACAAGGCUAGGUCCUUCCUGCUGCUGGUCGGGUUCACCUUCGGCGGCUUCAUCAUCCUCGCCGUCAUGGCCCACUACGGCCGCGAGUACCAGGACUCCAAGGCAAAGAAAAGGGAGAUAAUGAAGGAACAGCUGCUGGCCGUUCUCGGUGGUACGGGAAGGGUCAAGGAUGAAGAUGGGCCACGUGACGAGGGUGAUCUCCAGGACGGUUAUAGCAGUGACUCGGGGCUGGACAAUCAGCCCAGCGCCAGCGAAAUCUCAAUUCUUACCAACGGCAGCGUUCACAGUGAAACCGCUGCCAAAGUGUAAAUUAGUUUUUUGCAAGGCCCAAUUUCAUUUUUUUUUUAAAACAACAAACAAACAAACCCUACAUCGUAAGCGUAGUUUUGCACGUAAAAGUAAAUUUACGACUAAAGCACAGUUCUUAUUACUAUUAUAGUACAAUACAUAUUUUAUUUUGUCCUUAAAAUGCUCCAUUUUCCGUAAUUAUAUAAUUUUCUUCGUGAAAUAGAUGUAAAUGUAUCCCCGUAUAACUUCUAGCCGCAGACGUAAACUUUCGAACUGGUACAUGGUAUGUGCUAUCCUGUCUUUGGGAUGGUGAAUAUAAAGAUCCCUAGCUGCUAAUAGAAAAGAGUAGCCCAUGUAGUGGCGACAGUGGAUUUCCUCCCUCAAUAUCUGUGUGGUAUUUAACCAUAUGUUCGACACCAUAUAACUGUAAAUAAAAUGUGUUGAGUGCGUCGUUAAAUAAAACAUUUCCUUCCUUAAACUUUCGAUGUUUUGUGAAAUUUUCCCCAGCUAUCCUGUUAAAAAGACUCAAGAUUGUGUGUUGCUGCCAUUUUAAAAUUUUAUGAAUUUAACAUGAUAAUCAAUCAACCAUUUGGCACGUGCCGACAUCCAUGUCCUUGUUGAAGCACGUUUGUCUUGGGCACAUCAUCCGAAUUUCCCGGUGAAGUGUCCAAUAUAAGAAUGUGAUAAUAUUUGAUGUUUCAUGGCAGUAUGGACCGCUUUAUUCAAUUAAUGUUAGAACGGCUUCACGCAAACGUCUGUGAUUUAUUCUUCCAUGAACGCAACAAUGUUCAUGUUCAGUUUUCAUAAUUCCAAGUGUAUAUCGUUUCUUGAGGAAAUUAACACAUCGAAUAAAAGGAAUACUAAUUUUUAUUCUUUCAUACAUUCUAAGCAAUUAAUAACAUUUACUGAUUUUCAAUAUUAACAAAUAAUGUGGUUAUUUUGUUAAAUUUUAAAACUAAAACGAUCUGCUUUACGGAAUUUCGAAUAUCGUUUUUGUAGGGUUUUUAUAUAAGUCACAUGAUAUCAUUUGGACCAAUCCAAACAUUUAUAAGAAAAAGGUAUUUACUAAUUAGAAUUAUUUCCCACUAACAGAGCCUUUUUAUCGACUAAAAUUACAUACGUACGAGACAUUGGGACAGCUCUCACGAUUACGGAUGUAUAGUAAUAAUAUUGACGAAAAUCUACAUAAAAUUUACAUUAAAUAAAAUUGUCUUAAAUAUUUUGGACGUUGUUGUCAGACUGCAUUUAUAUAAAAUUAUAUUAUCUUAAUUUUGUAAUUAAUGUCACUACUUUUAACUAUAUGCUGUUUAAAGCUUUCAUUUAUAAUAUUUAUAUAUAUAUAUAUAUAUACAAUUUAGAGUUGCUUCGUAUUUUACUGAUUUUUUUAAGACACUUGUCGCCUUUUGAAAUUUCCUGAAUUUAAUUAUUAUUUCCUGAAUUUAAUAUACGAUUGUUGAUGAGGUAAUGAUGAAUAAUAAAUUUAAAAUAAUAAUACAGUUAUUCGUAAAGACGAAUAAUGGCAUUACAUCAAACCAAUGGCAUUAUUAUAUGUACACAAAAAUUUAAUAGUUACGUAUUAAAGACGCUGAACACUAUUUACUGUUCAAUUUACAGUUCGUAAUAUUCGUAACUAUCUUAACUGUAAUACUUUAUUAUAUGGCGAUUCAAACUUUAUUGUCAUUAUUCACCAUGUUUACCUUCUUCUGAAUAAUAAAUAAAUUAUAAACAAAGUGUGAAUAGCUAACCUAUUCACUUUCAACA